AUCCAUAUGACAUAAAAAUGACAAUUCUCGCCUUUCAACGAAAAUUUUAUCGUUCCUAUCAGGUAUGGAGUCUCCGAUAGAUCUAUAUGACGAUAUAAUAAAAAACCAAGAGAUCGAACCCUUCGAAAUAGUGGACAUCGAGAAGCAGAUAUACGGAGAAGUGAUGAACAAUGGCGAAUGCAUCAACAUCUCCGUAUCGAGUCAAAACAGCCCCAUAAUAAAAGGUGGAGGACUCCCUUACCCCGAGUAUGUUGUCUCCCAAUUCAUGUUCCGAUGGGACUCAGAACAUACCAUAAACAGGGAGCAAUUUGCUAUGGAAGUACAAAUUGUAACGAUCGCCAAGCAAUGCAUGAACUUUGAUAACGCCCUGGCCAAAGGCGGCGUCGCCAUAUUCUCCACUUUGUACACUUUGUCCUUGAAUGAUAAUGAGGGUCUCAACGAGCUCCUACCUUUAAUACCCUUCAUAAGCGACGAAAUCGGCAGGUCGGUACCUUAUGAUGUUUUGAAGUUAAGCCACUUCUUCCCGAAGAACUUCAACGAAUUCUACCGAUACAAGGGUUCCCUGACUUUCCCACCUUUUACAUCCGGGGUCGUUUGGACCAUUUUUAAAGAGAAACAGCCGGUGACGAGGCCACAAAUGGGACUUUUAUGCGACAUCCAAGAUGAGGACGGUCGACUAAUCGUCCGCAACAAUUCGGCUUCAAGGAAUGAAAAAACCGUGUUUUAUUCAUCCGGUAAAAAGAACAAAUGCCAGUAUCCUUCAAGUCAACAAAAACCGAAAAAACAGGAAGUUGAAGAAGAGGGGAUAAACAAAACUUUCUUCGAAUCAAUUUUCCAUGAAGGACCAAAAGUAGCAAAAGGAAAAAAAAAGCUUGGUAAUGGCAGCCGAAAUUCUGGACAGAUUAGUGAAAAUGAGGAAACAUGUUAUAAGUGGGGUUAUAAGAAGUUGAAUGAUAAUAAAUCGGGUUCUAACAAGUUAGAUGAUAAUCAAUCGAAGUAUGAUGAGUGGGGUUAUAACUUUUCUGAGGUUGAAAAGGAAGGAACAGCUAACGUCGUAUUACAAAGUAAAAGGGAAAUACAAAACACAAAGACUCAAACUGAUGUCAAACGGAAACCUAUGCCUACGACAAGAAGUAAUGACGCUCUAAAUUACGGAGUAUGUUGCUCAGACAAAAAUAGCUCUCCUUCCAAACCGAAUCCAUUCAUGCUUGAUUGGUAACUAAAUACAUUCGUGCUUAGCAAUCAAGCUGGUUUCACACCACUCAGAAAUUAGAGAAAUUUAGUAUCGACCAGUUUUUUGUACAAUAAAUUUUGGGAAAUAACGCUUUCACAAUCAACAGAUUCUUUAUAUGUAGUAACAAUAUUUCUGUACAAAUUAUUUGACGUGCUUUUUCUAUACAUGGUCAGCUUGGUUGAAACCAAUUUCAAAUUAACAUGAGACACAUGAUAUUAUAGUCUAAAUCAUUUCUGUGAGUGUACUAAGAAUAUAAUGGGUAUCUGCAAAAAAAAAUUACUGCAUGGAAUGAAUUGUAUCAGCUGAAUAUAUGGAAAAAUGGAA